AUGGAGCUUGUUGUAUUUCUCCGAAUUUCCUCACUACUUCUCUGUUGCUACAUUACAAACUCAAUCGCAAGUGAGUGCGCAUGUGCAACAGAUGACGUACACGUCAGAUCGGGGGCUGGUACAACUCAUCACAUACUGGGUACCUUGCCUACUGGAACAUGUCUUGCAUUCAAAGGACACUUGCACUCAGCCGGUGGCAUGCACUGGGCCAAUGUGGACUAUCACGGUCAGAAUGGUUGGAUAUCAUCAACAUACCUUACAUUCAAAUCUUGUUCACUAACAACAUCUCAUAAUACGGGCACUCAUUCCACCUCUGGUUGCCCAACCAUCAUCAGUCGUAGCGAGUGGGGUGCGCGUGCUCCAACCCACCAUAACGGAGCACUUCCGGCAACUCCUGGUCACGUUUAUAUUCAUCAUGGGGCCACCCCUGGCUGUCAUACAAAAGCUGAAUGCAUUAAACGAGUCCAAUCUUACCAGAACUAUCACAUGGAUUCACACGGAUGGUCCGACAUAGGCUACAGUUUCGUUAUUGGGGAGGAUGGAAACAUUUAUGAGGGUCGGGGAUGGAACACAAUUGGGGCCCACACCCUGCACCAUAACACUGAUGGACUAGGAUUUUGUGUCAUGGGAGACUUCACUUCACAUGCACCAAACAACCUGGCAUUAAACGCAGUGAAGAGUCUGAUUGAUUGUGGCUUAAAAACCGGAAGAAUUACUCACAACUAUGUGUUAAAAGGUCACCGUGAUGUCGGGCAGACGGCUUGCCCCGGAGAUAAAUUAUACGCCUUAAUAAAGACAUGGCCACAUUAUCACCAUUAGAACAGGCUUAUUGUCCGAUAAUGAUUUCAUUCCAAA